CAAAAACUCGCGUUAUAGAUUUUCCCUUAAACCGCUUCUGUAUAUUAUGAAAAACUCCUCCGAAUACCAGUUGAAUCAUUCUAAUCAGCCGUUUAUUUUUUUAAUGUCACAGUGCGGUACGAAAGCGUCGAAAAAAUUCGUUCCGUAUGUGCGGCCACGACGUUCAUUUAAAUAGGAAACCGUCCGGGACGACCCUAUGUUUCGACGUUUUCAUGAAGAAAUGCAAAGAAAAAGAGAAGAUCUGGUAUCAAGUGUUGACCAACGCCGUGGCUUGCCAAUCGGCAAUAACCAUCGGUUUACUGUCAUCGUGGAGUUCACCGUUCAUAGUAAAACUAACGAGCGACAAGGAAAAUUACGACAUAUCCGAAGAUGAGGCCUCCCUAUUCACCCUAAUACCCCCGUUAGCGAUGAUAAUAUCCUGCCCGUUCUUCUCGAAAUCCUGCGACCUGAUCGGCCGCAAGAGCACCCUAAUGCUCCUCAGCAUACCGCACAUACUGAGCUGGCUGUUCACCACCCUUUCAUCCAGCAUCUACGUCUUCUAUCUAUCGAGAUUCUUCGCCGGCGUCGGCCACGGCUGCUUCUUCGUCUCCCUGCCCCUCUACAUCGGCGAAGUCAGCACGCCGAAGGUGCGCGGCAUUUGGGGCAAUCUCCUCAACGUCCUCAACUAUGCGGGCGUGUUCCUGAUAAACCUGAUAGGCUCCAAGUAUUCGGUAAACGUGACCGCCUACCUCUGUUUACCGCUGCCCGUCGUGUACUUCGUAUCGGUCUAUUUCCUGCCCGAAUCGCCGUAUUGGUACAUCAUGCAGAACCGAUACGACGACGCGAAGAACGCGCUGCGCAAGCUGCGCCAAACCGACAACGUCGACGAGCUGUUCACGCAGCUGCGCGAAGAGAUCGUCAAGCGCACCGAGGAGACCAGCACCUGGAAGGACCUGCUGGUCAAGCACCUCAACAGGAGGGCCCUGCGGGCCGGCCUCUUCCUGCGCAUAUCCCAAUUGCUCGGCGGCGUGACCGUCUUCAACGUUUACAUCCAGUUCAUCUUCAAGCACUCCGGCACGGACGUCAGUCCGGAGGUGCCGGCGAUGAUCUACAGCGGGCUCUGUUGCAUAUUGAUAUUCGUAGCGGGUUUCAUCAUCGAGAACGUCGGCAAACGCAGGGCCUUCAUGGUGUCCAUAUUCUCCUGCGGCGUGGUCCUUCUCAGCGAAGCGGUCUACUUCUACAUAGCGCAGCACGUGCAAAGCGUAGACCUGUCGAACUACAAAUGGUACCCGCUGGCAGGGAUGCUGAUGUACGUGAUAUUCUGCUGCAACGGCAUCAUCCUCAUACCGUCGCUGAUGCUGUCCGAACUGUUCGCGCCGAACUUCCGAUCGAAGGGGCUCAGCGUGCUGGUGAUCGUCUUCGGCCUGAUGAUAUUCAUCUCGAACUUUCUCUUCUACGUGCUGGAAUCGAGGUUCGGGAUGUACGGGCCUUUUCUCAUAUUCGGCAUCAACAACGUGAUCGCGACGGCGGUGACGCCGUACGUCGUGCCGGAGACCAGCGGGAAGACGUUGGAGGAGAUACAGCUGUCGUUGGAGCGGACGAAGCCCAUUUGGUCCACGUUCAAGCACAAGUUGAGGAUCACGCACGUGUGAUAUGGUUUAUGUAUAAGCCUCUGGUUUAUUGCUAUAGGUGGUUUCUUAUUAUUAAACGGUAGCUUUAAUUGUGCUGUUACAUUUCCGCGCGGAAAAAUGGCUGGUUUAAAGGCGCCAUGUUGAUGGGGUUUUUGAACAAGAUGUCUUCUAAUGAUGGUUGAUUUUGGGGUAGUUCGGUGAAGAAGGAUUUGUAACGACACAAUUAGAUUAGAGAUUAAAAAGUUGAUUAAAUAGUAGAGUAAAUUUAGAAGAGAUUCUUAAAAAUGUUUUAAAUAGCGGGAAAGGUAAAAUUUUUAAUCUGUUUUUAUUCUGCAUUAAGUCAAAAAACAGUAAUUAAAAAUUUCUUUUACUUAAAAACAAUUUUAA